CCGGGCGCAUGACAGCUGUCUCUUUUUUGGUGGAAGCGGGUCUCCACAACACCAGACCAUGGAGGAUACGGACUGGGCCGGCGAGGAGCCUGUUCAAGAUGUACCUGAUGACACCCCUCCUUCAGACACUGCAACCAGGUUCCAGGACUACGAGAGCCACAGCCCGACCCCUCAAACCCUCAGAAGCCCCCCAACUCCUCAGACCCCUGAAGCCCGAACCCCAGGUUCUGCAAGCCCCCUUGGCACUUUGAAUCAUUCUCCUGGGCCCCCGACUCCCCACUCUCCCCCCGGUGGACGUCAACUGGCAAAAGGGGGGGUGGACGAUGAAGGCCUGCUUUCAGGGGUAUGCCCAAUCUGCCUUCAGCCGGUGGACGGGGAAGCAUACCUGGACCCCUGUUUCCACCGCUUCUGCUUCAGCUGCAUCCUGCAGUGGUCCGAAAUGGGCGUCCGAAGCGGCGUCCCCCCCUUCUGUCCGGUCUGCAAGGGCCCCUUCUUCACGAUCAUCCAUGACUUCCGAGGGACGCAGUUCAAGCGGUACGAGGUUCUGGGGGGAACGAGCAGCGUCCGGUUCCAGCUGUCCGAGAAGCACGUGCUCCGACGUGCGGUGUACGAAAAGGGGGCGGAAGCGUCCGCACAGUAUAGGGCUUCUGGGGGGAAAGCAUUCGCCGGGGGUAAGAGAGGAGGAACGAGCAGGCGCUGGUUAAGAUGCUGGGUUAGGAGAGAGUUACAGGCGUUGUUGGAAGAAGAGGACGUCGAAAUGGUGGCGCUUCACAUUGUGGGGAGCGUCGAGUUGCUCGCGGAGCAACGGAGGCAGCGGCAGAAGUUUGGGAAGAACGCGAGACCACUGCUUGGGGGGGGCAGCGACAGCGAGGGGGGGUGCGAGGGGCUCGUGCGAAGGGUGUGCCGACCGCCCCCCCGGAAGGAGAAGAAGCUGGUGUUUGGGAAGACGAGCCUGGUGCUCUCGAAAGCGGGGCUGGCGCGGCGCAAGGCGCGGAAGGGAAUCAACGGGGCGGUGCGCGUAGCGCCGCUCCCUGAGAAGAAGACGAAGAAGCGGGGCAGUGUGACUUCGGAGAGUGGGAGAAGUGGACACCGAGUAGAGAAAGAGUCUGGGAGUGCGGAGAAAGAGGGCAAGCGAAAGCAGGAGUUGGCGGCGGAGAAAGUAAUGAGGUGGCUGGAGAACGGACAGGGACACCCAGGAGAGGGGUUGGGGCAAGAUACUGACCGGGCGGGUUUGGCAGACUCGGGCCAAGGGAGUGCGGAGCACCCCCCUGGAGUGGGUAGCGAUGGGGCGCAGGGUGUUUCGGAUGCUGGAGACGCCAGCGGGGCAGAGGCAGUAGGAGCGACUGAAGAGUUGGGAGGAAAGGCCCCGAAUGUGUCCGAAGGGGUGACAACAAUGUCGGUGCAGGGGCGGAAAGAUGAGGCAGAGGGCAUUGCGGGGCAAAAAGCAGGUGACGGUGGGGGGGUGGGAGGAAACGUGAACGGUGAAGGACUUGGAGGAGGUGGUCAAAUCAGGGAGGUCGAAGGGACCGCAGCCGGGGGCGGAACGCAGCUCAAAACGGAAGGGACCGGUAGCGAAGAAGAGGUUUCAAAAGAGAGGCCUGGGGGAACCGUGGAGGUGUUGACACCAGCAGAGGAGAGCCCACCGGCAGGCGGUGUGAAUGAGGAGACUCUGCAACCGGAAGCCGUUUCAGCCGAGGAUGAGGAGUGGCUCCGAGUCGUUGCGGCCGCAGCCCGCCCGUUCAUCUUCGAAAACGCGCACAUGUUCGCUACGGAGUUGCUGGCGUUUCUUAGCUCGGGGCUGGACAUCGCGAGCUACGACGUGGCCACUCUCCCGGCGCCACCUGGCGCAAGCCUAGUGGCCGCUGAAAGCGGGUCGGAUCUGCGGCAGGGGGGUGACGACGAACUGGGAGGCUUUGCGCAGAGAGCGGGUCACGAUGAGAGACCGUCGGAAGACAUUGCGUCUCUCAAGCGAGCAAUCGAGGAAGAGAACGAGGGGGAUUAUUAUGUGGAAGGGGGAUUGCGAGCGGAAAGACAGCGGAAGAAAAAGAAACGGGUCGAGUACGGGUCUCUCUGGACGGCGGCAAAAGAGGAUCUAGAUGCGUUGCCGAGGGCCGAUGAGGGGGGUGUUUUGGGUGCGGAACUGCCCCCCCAGAGAAAGGAAAAGCGGCGGAAGAAGAGGCGGGAGGAGGAGGGGGGAGAGGAAGGGCGGCCGAAGAAGCAGAGGCACAGCGACAAGGCAGAAGACGACAGCGACUUCGAGCGGCGGCAGCACCGCAAGCGGCGGCGGCGGCGCGACCGGCACAGGCGGCACCGCGCGGAGCGCUCCGACUCGGUCGACAAGAGCGACUCGAGCCUCGAGAAAGCGGUGCACGCGUACCGGAAAAAGCUGCGUCAGCGGAAGAAGGACGGGCGGCGGAUGAGCGACGGCCUGCCGCUGUCGAGCACGGACGACGAGGCGGAGGGCUGGGCGGAUUGGCGGCGGCGGAUGAAGAAGCUGUACCGCUUCUGCAAGACGGAGGUGGAAGAAGAGAGCGAGGAAAGUGAAUGGGGCGAGGGGGGGGUCAAGAGCCCACCGGCCAUCCGGGGUGGGGGGCUUUCUGAGGGGAAGGGAAGGGGGGGGGGAUGCGGGAGUGGGCGGCGAGAGAGGGGGGUUUCAGAGAGGGAGGUUUUGGAGCAGGGGCGAGGAGCAAGGAGAAGAGACGAUGGAACGCGGAGUGUGGAUGCAGAGUGGUUCGGGGAGUCGCAGAGAGAGAAGAGGAGAGAGAAAGGGACGGACCCGAGUUUGGAUGAAAGAUAUGAAGCGAGAAGCAAGCAGAUGGGUGUACCAGAUGACCGUCGGGGCGGGGUGGCGACAGGGUCGGACAGUUAUGGCAGGCGCGGGCCUGGUGACGUGGCGGCAGCGGAGAGCCGUCCCGGGAGGGGUCGCUUCGGUGACGUCAGCGAGCGUGGCGAUGACGUCAGCACGGCGGCUGGAGCGGGCGGUCUGCCACGGCGGGGGGGUUUGAAGCGCUCCUGGGGGGAACAGGACGAGGGGAGGGGGGCGGCGCAAGACGGGUCCGGCAAGAAGCAGGCCCGCGUGCGAUGGGAAGACGAGGAGUCUCUGGAGUGCCGUCGCCCCGAGACUGUUUUGCAGAAGGUGACGGCCAACGCAUCUGCAAAGGGUUCCGGCGUUCGAGAGAGCGAACGCUGGAACGGUGGAGAGCGGAAUGACGGGUACUGGGAGCGUUUUGUGAGGGUUGAGGAGGGCAGGGAAGAGGUGAGGGGAGGGGAGACGAGGCCGACUUUGGCGGAGCCGCGGCGAGGAUCAGCCGAAGGUGCGGGGGCGCGGAGAGUGGUGCAAAGUUUGAGCGACCUGGAGAGGGGACGCAAAGGGGGCGAGGAAGGCAGCCAUUAUGAGGGCAUCGCGGGGCAGGACGCAAACAACGGGGCCGCCGCCACCCCCUUAGAACGGGAGCUGGGCAUCGAGGAGCUGCAGGCAGAGCUCCAGGAGGUGGAGCUGCGGAAGCGCGCACUAGCCAGCCUCUCGCACUUCCUCAAAGCCAGAACCAAGGUGGGCACCGCGCCGAACUCCCCAGCCAGGGGGGCCAUUUCAACCGGACUUUCUCAGCGGGGGGGCGCAGGAGCGGAUGCAGUACAGGGGGGGCGUGCCGAGGCUAGUGGGCACCUUGGGGGGGGCGUGCGGGGACGGACGAAAGUUGCCGGGGGGGCAAAAGAUGUUGGGUUGGGGCGGGGGGGUGCUCUCGCUGGGAGCGGUGUGCAGUCGGUGGGGGGAGGAGUUGGGCGGGCAAAAGUUGCGGGGGGUCUAAAGGUGGGGGUGACGAGGAAAGUCACAGCGCCAGGGUCGGUAGCUGGAGCAGUGAUAGGACUGGGGAGGUGCACAAAUGCGAAGGGUGCGCCUAUGAGAAAGGUUGUGGGGACGGGCGUGUUGCAGCGGCCUUCGGUGAAAGCUGCGCAAGCUGCGGCAGCAAACUCGCCGAGCGGGCCUCGUUUGGCGGCACCACGAAUUGCGCAGCAGCUGUUGGCCAAGGGGGACGGGAGUCCCAUGCGAAAAACAGGGCCCUCGGUCAAGAAAACGCCGGCGACAGGGGGAAUCCUAAAGCAAGGGGAGGGGCUUCGGAGGCGGAUCUUCCUCGCUCCUCAGGGGGUAGGUGUUGCGAACAGGGGAGGCGGAGUGCAGCCUUCGGGCCAAAAAUGCGUUGUCGUUAGGACUGCAAAGGGUUCGGCGGCAGUAAAAUCCAGCGGACCGGUUCUAGUCAAGCGACCGCUCGUGCAACCGGAACCAACAAUUGGCGGGCAGCAGAAGCUGCCACCUGGCGGGCAGCAGAAGUUGCCACCUGGCAGACCUCAGAAGUCGGCACUGCCAGUCGAAAGGGGAAGCCAAGGGCCGCCAAUCCGCCCGGUUGUAAGCACGCCGGGAAGUUCUUCUGUGAGACGGACGGUUCUCGCAAAAGGUGCCGUCACAGGGAGCGGAAAGCGAAAGGCUCCGCCCGAGGCCGGUGAAGGGAUACCGGGCCAGGUCGGUGCAAACGUACCAGGACAGCCUGUCCAAAAAAGCGCCCCUGUCGGCAACCGGUUGGUUGCCCCGAGCUCGAAAACGCAAACGGUGGUUCCUGCCGGGUCCGGCAGAAACUUGCAAGGGCCGGCGCCUUCACCAGCCCGGUUGAACCCCCCGGGCACCAAAAGUGGGCCAACUGCGGCGACGACAAGGUCGGUACAAGCUAAACAGCUCCCAGACUUCCCUAGAAAAGCGGCCCAGUCAUUUGUGCCUGAUGUGAACAGCCGCCCGAAGGUGACGCCGCCCACUCUCGUCAAGCCACGUGUCGUCCAGGCCCCCAUGACGUCACCAACCAACCGUAGCCCGCCAGGUGUCCCAGCAAAGCUGCAAGGGGUGCGGCCGCAGGCGAAUCCCGAUGCGGGGCUGAAACCGACGGACGACCGAAAGCGUCCGAUUGUUGCGCCUGGUGCGAACGCCCAGAAACGGACGGUGACGAUUGCAGGUGCGGCGACUGCGCCGAAGAUACUGGUUUCCUCAUCAGCGGCGCGGAGCGUACCGGCAAAGCCCGGCGUUGUGGCAAACGCUCCCCUGAGAGCCCCGGCAAUUUCCGCCCGCAACCCCUUAGCCGCUCCACCUCGGAGUUUUGCACCGAGCCCCCCUUCCGGAUAUCCCGGGCAGUCGUACGGACUGAGUCGCCCCGGGAGCAACAAGUGGCAGCGGAGCCCCGGGGCGGCCCAGCCCAUGCAGUCCCCCGUGACAGUGCCCCGGAGCAAGAAUCUGCAGUGGGUGCGGAAAGACGCACAGCCGGGUACAGCGGUUGCAACGAAACCCGGGCUUGUUUCGAAGGCGAGCACUACUCCAAAUCCUCCCCCCGGGAAUAAGCUGCCGAGUUCCGCGACGGGGGGCGUUAGGAGGCCGGGGGUCGCAUCCGGGGUUGCGAAAGUCGGACGGAGCAUGGGGAAAGGAGAAGCGGGACGGAGGCAGGAUGGUGAUGUCCGGGGGCCCGUGUCGCUCGUGGGAAAUUGCGUCGACAAAAAGAUCAUAUUGGUUGAAUCGAAGAGAAGCGAAGAGGCGAAAGACUGUACAGCAGGCACGGAAAUCAAGCGUUAGAAUCUGAAGGAUUAACCCCAGGUGUUCAGUAAGUUGCUGCAAUCGCAUGAAUGCUGGCGCGCACAACAUUGAGUGGCAACAUGCUCAGCAGGACUGGAGAAGACCGACAUUCCAAGGCCUGCAACCACAGCUUCGCAAGCAACUUCGACUAUUGUGCCGUAAUGCUUGAUACCCAUGUUAACGG